GAUGGAGGAAUUGAGCAAUCGUAAACAGAUGGAUUCUGCAGAAGAAAACAUGUCUGCAGAAGACACCAUCGGGCUGAACGGGAGACCCAUCCCUGUAGUCCUGGCCAACUCGGACGACCACACCUUUGAGCUUGAUGAGGAGGCUCUUAGGUCAGUACUCCUCAAGGACCACAUCCAGGACAAGAAAGUGGUCGUCGUUUCUGUUGCUGGUGCCUUCCGUAAGGGAAAGUCAUUUCUGCUCAACUUCUUCCUGCGGUACCUGAAAAGCAAGGUAGGAAAGAACAAUUCAUAACAAUAACAUGUUCUCUGUGGACUUUUUCAUUGCCAGACCUAUUUUGACGUUGUCCUCACCAAUGAGCAUUAUUAGUAAUAAACAGGAAAUCAAGAUAUUUCGUGAUUGGAUUUUAAAGAUUGAGUCUGCCUUGCAAAACGAUUAGCAUCAUAAAUUAAGUGAUGCUUUCCAAACGUCAGAUGUGGAACAAAUAUGUAUCGAU